AUGACAGUCGAGAACGGCUCCGCAGAGCGAAACCCUCUCCUUCGCCGCUCGACAUCCCCAAGCGUAUCAGAUGGAAGUGGACAGGAUGGGGAGCGAGACAUAUCGACAUUGCGUGGAGCAUGCAUAGUUGGAUUUGUUGGAUUUCUCAUAUUUCUGCAAGCUACCAACAUAUCCAUCCUCACAACAACACAAUCCGCCAUCGCCGCGGAUUUGGAUGCCUUUGAGAAGGCGAGUUGGUUCACUUCAGCAUAUCUCAUAGCCAUGUCCUCCAUCGCUCCGUUGAUGGGUCGCCUAUCCCAGGUCUUUAGCCCACGCCUGUGCAUGUCCUUCUCUACGCUUUUCAUUACCAUUGGGACGGCCAUCACCGCGACCGCUAUGUCCUUCGAGCACUUCAUCGUUGGCCGCGUUGUUACGGGAGCGGGUGGUGGAGGUAUUUUCAUUGUGGCUAGCAUCAUGGCGAUCCAGAUGACCAGUCCCAAGCGUCGUGGGUUAUACAUGGGCCUUGCUAACACUGGCAUGACCGUCGGUGUGUCGCUAGGUGCCGUCAUUGCGGGUGCACUAGAACCUAAAGUGGGAUGGAAACCUCUCUUUGGCAUCCAGGCCCCGCUGAGUUUGCUUUGUGGCAUAGGCCUCCUCUUAUCCAUUCCAUCGAGUCACACCUCCAAGAACGCCAAAUACAUCGGUCUCUCUAUUCGCGAUAAGCUGGUACGCAUCGACUAUUCCGGAGCCUUGUUGUUGACUACUACAAUCAUACUCUUCUUGCUCGGUCUGUCUGGUCCCAAGAUUCUCCCAACUCCGCUCAUUCUAUCCGCACUCUCACUACCGGUCUUCAUCCUGAAUGAGAUAUACGUCGCCAAGGACCCCGUCAUCCCCGUCUCUGUGCUGAGAUCCCGUAGUACGCUACUGACCUGUCUUGCCUCUGUUGGCUUCAUGAUGGCAAGAUGGGGCAUACUUUUUUACACACCUGUGUACGCCCUUGCCGUCCGAGGCUGGGCGCCCGCUGUCGCUGGAUCCAUACUCCUCCCCACCAACGCUGGCUUUGCUAGUGGCGGUCUUCUGGCUGGUGUCUUCCACAUCAAACGAACAGGAAGCUUCUAUAUGCAUAGCCUUAUCGCUAUGGCGCUCUUUCCGCUCACAAUGGUUGUCCUUGCCUUCAUCACUACCGCCACAACUCCAUGGGGUCUCUAUGUUGUCAUGGUCUUCCUCAACGGGCUCGUGACAGGCGCAGCUACGAACUACGCUCUAGUUCAUCUCCUACAUCUCACUCUCCCCGAAGUCCAUCCCAUUGUCAUAUCCCUCCUUGCUACGUUCCGCGGCUUUGCAGGCUCCUUUGGUUCCGCAAUCGGUGGCGGCUACUUUGUGCGCGUGCUCCAGCAGUCCCUGCGUGAUGGUUUUGCAGAAGCAGGACUGAAGCACCGUGGCGACUUGAUACGACGACUAUUGGGUAGCCCGGCGCUGGUGGGCAAGUUGGAGGGUACUGAGCGAGCUGUUGCGGUUGGUGCGUAUGAGGAUGCGCUUAAAGCACUGUUCCUGGGCGCGGUUGUAUUGUCAACGAUUGUAGCAGUUGUGCAAGCGUUUACGGGGUGGAAGGAGCCGGUUGAGAAGGAAGAGCAGAGGCUUGCGAGCGAGGAGGUUGAGGGCGAGGAAGAACUAGUUGCAGGAGCUUAG